AUCAGAAGCUUUCAGCACAUUCCUCGGUUAUCUGUGGUAACGAUCAACACGAAAACCCUAAAACGAAUACAAACAUGAAGGUCCAAUAUUCUUUGUUCUUCUCUGUAGUUAUGUUCUUUGUGUCCGUAUACAGUCAGUCUGAGGAUACUCCUCAAGUAUACUGUGGUAGGCGACUUGCUCAAACGAUGGCUGUGCUGUGUUAUCAGCAGAAAUAUGACAAGAGAUCAGACUACAACUCCAUCCAUCUGGGCUACGAGCCAGAGUUCAGCUGGCCCUGGAUAUCCCGAAGCCUGGACCGACACACGGACCGGGGCCUGGCCAGAGACAUGGGGCGCGGCAAGAGAGGCAUCAUCGAGGAAUGCUGCCAGAACUCGUGCUCCAUCCCAACACUGCUGAGUUACUGCUAAUUUGACGGACUAACGGCAAUGGUUUUAUGAAUAUGGUUUUUGAGUAGUGUUUAGAGCUUUAGGUUAAUUUUGCAUUGUUUGGUAAAUGUAUCUUUACAAAAUAUAAUAAUUGACACAUGUCAUUGUUGUCCGCCGCUUCAAAGUUUUAAGACCCCUCUUUCUUUGAGAAUCUUUGAGACUCUCGGUGUUUUGUACCUAGUACAAAGGUUGGCCAUCGUCAUCGAACGUGGCAGUCCGGUGUUUAUGAUGGGCAUUUUUGCGCCAGGUUCAACUCGCGGGGCACUGUAUGACUAGGUCAAUUACUUUUAUGUUUUAGUUACUUUUACGACCUGCAAUUUCGGUACAUUUUUUGUCAGAAUUGACUUUUUUGAUCAAUAUGCGGAGUCUCUAAAUAUUCGUUGAUGCGAUGGACUACCGAUAAAAUUCAAAAACCUUUACAUUAUGACAAAAUGAUAUAUCAAACAUCUUGCACUCGAUUAUUUUUUGUAAAUUUGUCUAUUAUCGCGUGUAUUUUGUUAAGUUAUUAUUAAAGUUGUUUUGGAAAA